AUGUAUGCGCACCGAAAGUUAACUUCUAAAAUUAGCAUGUUGAAGGCUAAGGAGUUGGAUCUUGCCGAAAAAUAUGAAAAUGUGGAACUCAUAGUGUGUACUGCUCAUGCAUACAAGGUUAUGCAAACAAUUCAAAAAAGGUAUAAUGUUUCAUACCUAGCACUCUACGCCACUGAAGCAGAUACCAAGGAUUACAAACUCAUCAACUGUAUUCAGCUCUGGGGAUUAGUGUACACGGUUACUCAGUUUUUCUAUUUCAAGGGUUACUCCUCCGGUGAUCCUAAAGGACGUCUCCCGAUUGGAGGAUUCAACGGUCUUGAAGAAGCAAAGAUAAACUACGAUCCAAAUUGA